GCCGUACCAUCCACGACAGUGGUAACUACAGUCCCAUUGUCAAGCCAGGCCCAGGUUAGUGUGCAACAGCCUGUUUAAGUGGUUAUGCAGCCGUUGCGGCAAGCCCCUGGGCCCAUGCAACCUAUGCAAUGGAUGCCUAAGAUACCUCUGAUGAGUCCCAAACCCUUCUCUGGAGAUAGAAAGAAGGAGGAGGACUUGGACACCUGGGUGAGGACUGUGCCUACUUAUGUAAGGCACAAGCUCACAAGGCCAGAACAGGAAGUUGUAGUGGCUGCAUCCUUUUUAGAGGGAUCAGCAGCCCGCUGGUUGAAUGGCUUAGUGCAGCAACAGGGCUAUGGUCAGGAUUUCGAUGUCUGGGCUCAGGCUCCGACAUUGGAACAGUUCGUACGGUCAGUCUACAACAGGUGGCAUGACCCGCAAGGGGCUCAAAAGGCCACCGAUGCUAUCAACAACCUUUGUUCCCGCAGGUUCAAGAAUGUUAGAGAGCUUACGAACACCGUAGAAUGCCUCCUCGUGGUACCUGGUGUGCGUUUUGACCAGCAGGUUCUCCUAACGGAUUACCUAAGGUGCCUACCUGCAGAGGUAAGGACCAAGCUGGUUGACAAGGCCUAUGUCGAACAGCACACUUUCGCUUCUUUUAGUAAGAAAGCUCUGGACAUAGAGGCAAAGCUGGGAUCUGCGCAUAAGGUAUCCCAUGAUGGUAGGAAGAGACUGCCCCAAGACUGGAAGAAGAAGGGUCAAUUAAUGUUCGUUGACCAUGAUGGUCAAACGACGGAGAUUGACGAUUUCCCAGACCUUGGGGAGUUGACAGAGCAGGAUGGGGCCAGCGAGACUUCGGAUGGGGGAGUCGUGGCACCCAUCAAGGAAAAGGCUAGGGGGACCGGGAAGAAGAAGGUAGGACGGUCCACGGGUCAGAGCGACCAAGGGACACCCGCAUGGGUAAAGCUUGGUUUAGAUUACGAGGUGUGGGGUGACCGCGUUGCUAGGGGUACAUGCAUGAACUGUGGCAACUAUGGCCACACGUCCAGGACUUGCUGCGGCAAGAAGGUCACAACGAAGGGAUGCCGGUACUUCACAAAGAUAGACUUGAAGUCCGGAUUCCAUCAAAUUGUCGUUAGACCUGAGGAUCAGCACAAAACCGCAUUUCAUACCAGGUACGGUCUGUACGAGUUUGUGGUGAUACCUUUUGGCCUAUGCAAUGCGCCUGGUACGUUCCAGCACGCGAUGAAUAGGAUUUUUCAUGACUACUUGGACAAGUUUAUCGUCGAGUACCUCGACGAUAUUCUCAUCUUUAGUAGGACUGUAGAGGAGCACGCUGAGCACUUGAAAACAGUGCUAGGUCUCCUAAGACAGCACCAGUACAAGGCUAACUUGGAUAAAUGCGAGUUUGGUCGCACCAAGAUCUUGUACUUGGGUCAUGAAAUCUCAGCAGAUGGAUUGAGGCCGAAAGAUGCGAAGGUGGCCAGCAUACGUGACUGGCCUAGACCUCAGACUGUUACUGAGGUCAGAUCGUUUUUGGGGAUGACGGGCUAUUAUCGUCCGUUUGUGAAGACCUAUAGUACUAUAGCUUCUCCAUUAACAGAUCUAACUCGACUUGACACCCCUUGGGAGUGGACUGAAGAGUGUGAGGCAAGCUUCAAGAAAUUGAAGUAUGCACUGACACACUAUGAAGUUCUCAAACUUCCUGAUCUUGACAAGCCGUUUGUUGUGACCACAGACGCCAACCAAUAUGGCAUAGGCGCGGUUCUUGCGCAACAGGAAGGGCCCAAGUUGAGACCGAUCGAGUACAUGAGUAAAAAGAUGCCUUCUCAAAAGUUAGCUAAGUCUUACGCCCUGUACCGAGCGCUAGUUCAUUGGAGACGCUACCUCCUAGGAAGAUUCUUCUAUGUGAGGUCUGACCAUGAAACUUUGUGCUGGAUUAAGACACAGCCUGUGUUGUCAGACGCACUCAAGAGAUGGACUCAAGUGAUAGACAUGUAUGACUAUCAAGUUGAUCCUAUCAAGGGUACGUACAACAAGGUGGCUGAUGCGCUAUCAAGAAGGGCAGAUUAUUUGGGGGCACUAGUAACAGAGUUUGGCAUAUCUAGCGAUUUGACUCGAUCAUUGGUGGAUGCCUAUCAGGGAGACCCAGUCAUGUCAGAAAUCAUCCGUAGAUUCCAAGCAAAGGACAAGAAGACUUUGGAUGAGUUUACGAUGGUAGAUGGCUUGCUGUUCCUUGAGAAGGAAGGGAAUAAAAGGUUGCACUCCGCUGCAGCACCUGGCAGCAUAGAGUUUGCUGUCAAAUAUGAACAGAUGUUGCAGCAGGCCGUUGAACAUAUUAGGAAGUCUCAAGAUGCUAUGAUUACAUCUGAGAAUAAGCAUAGACGACCCUCUAACUUUCAGGUAGGUGAACGAGUCUGGGUAAAGUCAUCUGAAUUAGGUCAGGAGUUGGGGAUAUCCAUAAAAGUGAUGCCGCAGUAUUUCGGGCCCUGGGAGAUCUUGGACAUUAUAGGGGAUCAAUCGGAUGGGCCUUCAUACGUGAUCCGUAUUCCUGCACACCUACGCACCUACCCAGUGUUUCAUGCCUCCAAGCUGGCACCUUUCGCUGCAACUGAGCACUUUCCUUCCAGAAGAUCAAUGUUGCCCCCAACCAUGGAUGGCAAAGUGGACAUUGACCAGAUCAUCGAGCAUCGAGUGAUGUCUGUUCCUCGACCAUCAGGCAGAGGGUGAACUCCUAAACGGAGAAUGCAAUAUCGUGUGAGCUUCAGACAUCAUCUGGAUCCUAAAGAAGACCGGUGGUUCACACGAGAAGAACUCAUGAGAACAGUACCUCAAGAAAUCGCAGGCUAUGAAAGAACACUCAAGGGGAAGAUGCCUACAGAAUGAGAGACUUCUUAGAGGACUCACGAAGUAAAGGAGGAGGGAAUGCGAGGAUCAGUGUCCUUGGUAGGCCUAUGGGGCCCUCUUUCCAGCCUUACCCGCCCUAAGUGAAGGCGAAGGUGCCCGCCCUAAGUGAAGGCGGGCCUGGCUUUUUGCAAAAGGCCCUCGAGUGUCAAUUUCAUAUUUGGGGUCCAGGUAGUUGCGACGCGCCAGUUGGUUGAAAGAAACACAGGCCGAGCAACAAAGACAUUUCCACGGC